CCGUCUCGCUAGAUCAGAACGUCGCGUCCACUCGAGAAGAUCGAAUGUGUUUUUUCCGUUGUUCGUUGUCGCCGUCGUCGUCCGCCGUCACCGUUUCUUCUACAUUUCAUUCUUGUAUUGUGUGCAUAUCUCCUAUACACAAGAGCCUGUUUUUCCCUUUUAUACUUUGUUGUGCAGUUUGUUAGAAUAUACACACGCGGCGUCAAGGAUCGAAUACAAAAGAACAUUAGGAAGUGGAUUCGUGGAGCGUGGAGACCAUUGGGAAAAGUGCGAAGGAGUUUUCAAGAUCCCCUGUUUCCGUAUCCUGUGCGAAUUGGACUUGUGUGAAAAAAUUAAAUAAAAAAAAACUCAGUGUUAUUACGCUCAUUUGUGAAGCAUUAGAUUCUCUAAAAAGAGUUGUUUUUUUUGUAUUACUCGGUUGCCGCACAGUUCAACAGAAUAAACGCCAAAAGUCGUAAGCAAGCUCAAGAGCUAACCCGAGGAUCAACGUUUCGGAUUAAUUGUCUCGCUGGAAUUGCCAGGUCAGAUUACAUUAAGAUUUGUUCCUUAUAUUACUGCCCAACCGAACCACUUGUGCUCUGUACACAUUCUGGACACAGCACGCAUACAUGGGAGAGAUCAUUUGCUGGAAAAAUGUUACCCGUGGUUGGCGUUGGAUAUCGACAUGUGUGUGAGUGUAGGAUUUUGCAAAACCUGAGGGCCUAGUAUGGGACCGGCUUCGAUCGAAUUGGAGAGAAAACAACAAUAAUACCGAUACAGCAGAACCUAACUAGCGAGUAAACAUAUACUACCAAGAGAUCGUUUAGUGUUUUAUGUAGUGUUUGCGAACUGCGAGUAGUGUGAAUACCAACCAUACAGUAGUGGAAAAACCUGGCAACCAGUACAUAGAUAUUUCACCAAUCAAAAACAAAUAAAUAAAAUCAUCAAAAAUCCUUAGAACAAAAUAACUCCACAGUAGCUAAACAAGAAAAAAUGCUGUUUGAAAGUCCUGUCGCUGCCGCAAAAAUGUUUCCAUACAGUGUGCCUCCGCCGAUACAGGGUUCAGCUGCAGUUCCGGUGCAAAAUUUAAGAUUGCAUGGAACGACAUUUAGUACUGGAACCUUGGACGCGAGCGGUUUACUUGAGCAUGACCUACACAACGCACUGGUACCGAUCAAGACCACCAAUCUUCUCACAGCACAGGCAGCCGAUUUCGUUGCUCAUCAAACCAGGCAAGUAGAAGAAAAAAAAAUUCACCGAAAAACCCUCAAAUUCCUAAUGUCUUUUGGUCUCACAUUUCGCCAACACCAAAACAGAGAUCAACAGCAGCAACAGCAACAACAGCAAUUGGAAAAUUCGAAAGUUCUGCCUAAUCAAAUCACCCUCGUCAGUAAUGCUGCCACGAAUACCUGCACCAACAUGACCAAGGCUAACUCCACCAACGGCAGCUCGUCGGGACGUUCAACACCGAAUAGCAGUAGCGAUCCGGCACCGGGUAAAUUGUUUGUCGGAGGUCUCAGUUGGCAAACUUCGUCCGAAAAGCUUAGCGAGUACUUCGGCAUGUUCGGCAAGGUUACCGAUGUACUGAUCAUGAAGGAUCCCAUCACACAGCGAAGCAGAGGAUUCGGAUUCAUCACGUUUCAGGAGCCAAACAGCGUAGAUAAGGUUCUCCAAGUGCCAAUCCAUACGUUGGAUGGAAAAAAGAUCGAUCCGAAACAUGCCACACCGAAGAACCGACCGAAAACGCAAUCGAACAAAACCAAGAAAAUUUUUGUGGGAGGAGUUUCGCAGGAUACAUCCGCGGAUGAGGUGAAACAAUAUUUCAGUCAGUUCGGCAAGGUCGAGGAAACCGUAAUGCUCAUGGAUCAGCAGACCAAACGCCACCGUGGCUUCGGAUUUGUCACUUUCGAAAGUGAGGAUGUGGUUGAUCGAGUGUGCGAGAUUCACUUUCAUACGAUUAAGAACAAGAAGGUCGAAUGUAAGAAAGCACAGCCCAAAGAAGCUGUGACACCAACUGCCCAGCAGCUGCUGCAGAAACGGAUCAUACUGGGUAAUUUGGGACUUCCGAUGGCAAGCCCGGCAGCAGCUCGUUUGGUUGGUGCCGCGCAAGCAACGGGUCCCUUGGUAAGUCAGCUAGCUAAUCCCCUGAUGGUACAGGCACAAGCACAGGCCGCUCAGGCAGCCGCGGCGGCUGCCGCCAUGCAAGUUCAGAAUGGAUUCGGAAAGGUCUUUACUACAUAUCCACCUACGCUACACAGCUUCAGGUAUGCGCCAUAUCCAAUUCCUUCGGCUGCCCAGCAUGCAGCAGCCGCUGCCUCGGCAGCAAGCCAGCUAUCGAAUGCACAAGCCGCCAGCCAAGCACAUCAGCAUGCUCCAUCGUUGGCCGGAGCAGCUGGCCAGCAGGCACCUCAACAGGCUGCAGCUACGCCCCAGCAAGCGCAAGCCCCCACGCAUCAGCUGGUUCCGGCGGGUCUGACUGCGAGUGGCAACCCGUACCAGGGCUACAGCUUAGCUAACGUUGACAUGUCUAGCUUCCAGAACGUGGACUGGGGUUCGAUGUACGGCAUGGGAAUAUUGUUUUCCGAAGCACACUGUUGAGCGCCCCAAUCUCCCCAGCAUUUCUCGCUUAACGGGGACGAUUCUUAAGGUACGAUUGCAAGCGUAUUGCGUUGUCGCCUGGAUCUGUCCAGUCAGUGGAAAUAGCCUCCCGGUUGUGUGAUAAUGCACGAAAUUGCGUUAGUGUGAUAAACUGCCCUCAAAUAAGCGCCCGAACGUGAAAAUCGCGGCUGGUGGGACUUCGUAAAAGACUGCUUUAUUUUUUUUUUCUUGUUCGUCGAAAAUAGUUUGAUGCAUUCAUCGGAAUGUUUUUUUUAAACGUAGUAUUUUAGUAAUGUGUUGCGAUUUUUUGCUCGCAUCGUUUGAGGGCAGUAACCGAUGGUAUUCGAUAUAGGUUUUACUUAGAUUAUUAGUUAUUAGUUAUUAUUUUUUAAAUCAUUUUGCUUCCACGCGGAUCUUAAUUUGAACGUAGAUUUGCCAGAAAUUAAAGCGGAAACUUAAGCGUCGGAAAGACGAGAGUGUGAUUUUGAAAGUUGUUUUGUGAUUGCCAUCCAAAAACCUUGAUUAUAUUCUACAACUAUAAAAUUGUUCCUAAGGAUGCUUAAUGUAAGGUUACAUUUUUGUUUAAGCUAUUACUUUCAUUUGCGUGUGACAUUUAGGUAAAUGUGUCUCGUUUUACUGUAUUCGGAAGAACAGCUCCGAAAGCGCUUCCUUAAUGAUUAUGGCAUACACAACACUACAUCUGUUUUAUUUUACGUAACCAGAAAAUUAGGGAAUACUACAACUGAUAGAAUAAUUAGACGCUCGUAAACAUCCAUUUUUGUUCUCAUUUUGUGUGCACGUUUUGGUUUCCGUUUAUCUACUAGUAAAUUAGUAACUUGAUAGCUGCCAUAUUUCCCGUUCGUUUAUGUUAUUUUCCGAUGCUAGUCCGGUACGUCCGCGGUCGGUUGCUUUUAGUUAGCAUUCCACCGUGCGCGGACCGGCCGGCCCAUCCAUUAGGAGUAAACUCGUUCAGUAGGUAGGUCUUGGUUGGUGUACACAUUCCCGAAGGGAAGUGCAGUACCAUUUGUUUCCCUGUCUGUCUUAGUAUCGAUUGCUUUUACGUUUAGUUCGUAUUUAUUCCGCACUCCGCCACGUUCGGUUGCCGGUUGCCAAACGGACACAGGCAACCAGUCGCGGUGGCAGUGGUGAUACGGUAAUCAGUCCCAGAUCACAACUGUGCUAGUUGUUUGGAAUCCAAAUUUUUGGUUCUUGCUUUCCGAUUGGAAUAUAAGUUUGUGCGGGAUUGCAUUAUCAAGAAAAGAGGAAAUACAAAAAAAAAAUAAUAAUAAACGAUUUGAAAAAGACACGACUAAAAAAAAUAGUACUUUUUCGAUUGUAGGUUUGAGUAGCGCAUUUCUUUCCUUUGAAUCUGUUCAAUAAACAAUCAAACUAGUAACAGUAGUUUUUCGUCUCCCAAUUCCAACCAGUAUCGACUAGGAAGCAUGAUUUCUACUUUUCACUGAUAACUUUUAACUUUUGACGUUUAAACAAUUUGUUGGAGUACAUUUUUAAAAGUUAUGAACAAUUAUAGUAGUUAGUGGAUUUUAACUUGAAGUAAUGAUUGACUAAUGCCCCACUCCCUCUGUAUUAUGACAAUAUCCACCGUUUUACUUUGUGUUUUAACUAUAGCAAACGUUCACAAUUUAACAUAAUGUUGUUAGUAGGAAGCCAACGUGUGAAGCUAAAUUGAACAUAUCCCAUAAACUAAGCAUAUAAAGAACCUAAUCUAACGAAAAGAAAGAAAAAAACAAAUAAUUGAAAAGAGUUAUAUAUUCAGAAUUAUUGAGAUGAAAAAAGAAACCAACGUUCUUCCAUAGGCAAGUAAAGUUCUUAAGUGAUGCCAAGAAUCAAAUUAAAUCAAAUCUUAAAUAAAAGUGUUUGUAGAAAGCAUACUGAGGAAUUCGAUGAAAUAUUUUUUUUUCGAUAUGCAAAUUUCAAUGAGACGUAAAGUGCGUACGCGUUCUGUACGCGAUGUGAUUUAAAAGUACACUUUAGCCAGUAAAUACCAGGACACAAAACACGAGGUAACUGCUAGUCGCAUGCCAAAGUCGAUAAACAAUUGAAUUACAAUAAACUCGGAACUAUUGAGACGCAAAACGCGUACAAACUUAUAUUCUGUUUACAUAUGAAACCGCAAAAUUGCAGUAUCUACAAAAAAAGAAGUGAGUGAGAACUUUGGUGAGUUUUUUUUAAAUCCACAUGCCAAAAAAACAUGCAAUAUUUUUCAACUUUUCUAGUCUUUAAAUGAUACGAUAAACAAUUUCAAACGUGUGGUUGUGUUGUUAUGGUGAAUUGAUUCCAGCUUCCCCACAGAUGUGUGAUACGGGGAACUGUUUGUUACUGGUCGUUGAUGUAGAAUCGCAAUUACUCAAAUACACACACACACACGGGCUCAAGAAUAAACAAAAGCAGUUGCGUGGACCAAAUCAAAUAAAAAAACGCAUAAGCAAACGAUACGAGACAGAACAAUCCCAAGUAGCUGAUUACUCAAGUCUUUUGGAAAAAAAAGAAACAGAAUUUAAAGCAAACACGGUAUGACUACCGAAUACAACAAAAUAAAACCAUACAAAAACAAAACAAGAGCUUUUGUGGCAAGGGCAAAUGUAGUGCAGCCGAUCAUCACAUUGUUUAUUAAGGACAAAUUAAAAUAUAAAGAGAAACUAAGGAAAUUAUCCCAUCGAAUUUUGAAUUUUGCAGUUUUGAUCGAUUUUAAAAAGUAGUAAAUACAAAAUAUCUGCUGAUUAAUAACACGUGUAAGUAUAAAACAUAAAGGAUUAAAGUUAUAUGUCAACUGGAAUCAAGCUUAAAAUUAAUCAAAUCUGUUAGUUCUGUGGGUGCAAUCUCAUAGUGAAGCAGCACUUGAAUGCAAACUAAUCGAAUAAAAGUGGCAAUUUCAAAUAAAUUUGCAACAUCUACAGAAUUGUGAGCUAUAAACAAGUACACAAAAUAAAAAAAAAACAUAAAAAAUUACAUUUUAUCGAUCGAUCAAUAAUUGAGAAUGGCGAAUUGUUUCCGCUGCUCUAACCAAUACAGAAAAUGGCUAAAGCCAAGCCAUACGGUGUACAGGAAAAAAAAUGAAACGCCGGAAUAACAAUAAAUAAUUGGCAGUUUUUCUAUUCACUUCGUUUUAAACUCCUAUGAAGAAAAAAGAAAAAAAACAUCACACGAUAUUUCACAUUGCAAAGCACUCUAAUCUACGAACACAGAACACAACUACGAUAGGCCCAUCUUUACCCGCUCUGAACAAAAGAUGAUGAAAAUAUGACGCUUUAUCAUACUAUAUUGAAAGAACAAAAAAAAACUAUAUUUUAGCUGGGAAUCAAAAUCCCAAAGUAUCUUGAAUUGAUAAUAAACACGGAAACUUUUACACAAGCAAUCAUUUGUGACGAAUGGUCGAAAAGCUUUUACACUGAACAAAAUAUUCUAACGAAAUUGCGUAGACGAAAUUGUUACAUUUGCGAAGCAAUACCUAAAGUACUUUCACUUUUACGUUCAAAUAAAAUCAAUCCACGAGACUACAAAAAUCGAUGUUUCCUCCCGAAAUGAUGAACGGUGUGUGGCUACCCGUCUUGCAGCUUUUGGGGUGCAACAAUUUGCUCACUUUUGUUACGUUUAAGGAAUUAUUUUGUUAUACGAACCAACCUUUGCCAUCCGAGGAACGGUGUGUUAUUAAAUCUUUGCUCUUUGUCAUGGAUUUGAUUCGGAAUCAGACGCAACAAUCCAUUUGGAAUCGCCCCAAAUUCCGAAUCAAACUUCAGACGAUUUAACUGAGCUGCCGCUGUCCAAUUAGUUGAAUUCCUUACGAGUACAGAAAUUUAGAGCAACUCUGCUCGUAGCAUUGCUGAAAUGAUCCCAAUGUUUCUGGCACUCAAGACUCAAUAAACAACAGCAGAUUUUUUCUUCCAAUAGUUUCACAACAUCGAUAACUUCUUGUUUAUUGCCUAUGAAGCUAACAACGGAAUAAGUUGCAUUUUUAUAUCAAUUUCCAACAUCGUGCGAAAAUAGAACACGUAAGAAUAGCGAAUAAUAGAAUGGUACUGAUGAACCAUAAUCUAUUCAUAUUUUCCCUGUUCUGUAACUUAUUGAGCGACCACCUGUUUUCUCUUAAUAAUGUGAGUAUUGUUUAUCCACUUAAAUUUUCCUAAGACAAAUCAGUUUCACUGCGUCAUGAUGAUUCUAAAAAAAUAAAGAUAAUUUCGAUCUUGAAUGAUACAAAAUUAGGCAAACCGUUUAAAACAAAGAAAGAAAAAAAAACUCAUCGACAAUACUUGGUUUUUAGAAUCAAAUGAUAUUAAAAGAAUAGUUGAAAAUGAGAAUUCCUAGGAUAUUGAUUGUUCCGACACGGAGCAAAUCGACCCAGAUUUUUCCAAUCCCUGAAGGCAUAUUUACCAGUGGCAUGGGUAUGAACUUGCAUAUACUCAUACACAUACACCUGAAACUAUACCACAUACACUGUGUAAAAAGAACCCAAAUGAAUUUCGAAUACUCGAGGUGUAAUAAAACACUCCCUAAGCGGUGUAAUAAAAACUGAUAAGCAAUAAACUUAGUUUUUAUAUCAAAAGACAAAACAAUGUGACGAACACAAACAAUAUGCAUAAUGACCACUACAAAUGACAAACAAACAAAAAUAACCUUAUUAUUAUACACUUAAAUAUACAUUUAAUAUUUAAAGUACGGCAUAGAGCGUGUUAUUGUCAUUAUUAUGAACGAACAAAUAAAUGCAAAAAGUGCUAAUGAAAAUAUAAGGAAACAAACUGGCAAAAGAAAAAAAGAAUGCUACUUAGUCUGUUAAAAAACUUAAAAGUCAGAAAGAAAAUAAAAUACAAGCAAAAGUGUUGUGAGCGUCUAGUUUCGCCAAUCCGAUUGAUCUUACGCUAGGCUAAGCUUGUUGUUGGGGGCUGUACGAUUUGGUGUCUAGGACACACGGUUGGCGCGCGGUUUAGUCUUGCACUUGUGUACGAACAGAGGCACAUCCUGCUAGCCAGCUCGCGAUGUAAUAUGUUUACGAUGUGGCACAGUACAGUCAGUAGUGCAAGCUUCCCGGUUAGUCAUUAUUGCCAACUUUUGCAGCAGCAAAAAAAAAAACAAAA